ACGACCCAAGAAAGCAUGGUGCCGCUGGUCACAUUGUCCUCCUUUCCUAGAGGGCCACAUCUGUUCACUUUGUCAGUCCCCACUGCCCAAGGCUGGAGCCAGAGGGGCAACCCUGUGCUGAAGUUUGUGCGGAAUGUGCCCUGGGAAUUUGGUGACGUGCUUCCCGACUAUGUGCUGGGCCAGAGCACCUGUGCCCUGUUCCUCAGCCUCCGCUACCACAAUCUCCACCCGGACUACCUCCACGAGCGGCUGCAGAGCCUGGGGAAGAGUUUUGCGCUGCGGGUCCUGCUGGUCCAGGUGGACGUGAAAGAUCCUCAGCAGGCCCUCAAGGAGCUGGCUAAGAUGUGCAUCCUGGCCUACUGCACCCUGGUCCUCGCCUGGAGCCCCGAGGAGGCUGGGCGGUACCUGGAGACUUACAAAGCCUAUGAGCAGAAGCCGGCCAACCUCCUGAUGGAGAAGCUGGAGCAGGACUUCGUCUCCCGGGUGACUGAAUGCCUGACCACCGUGAAGUCAGUCAAUAAAACAGACAGCCAGACCCUCCUGACAACUUUUGGGUCUCUGGAACAGCUCAUGAUCGCAUCGAGGGAAGAUCUGGCUUUGUGUCCAGGCCUGGGGCCCCAGAAGGCCUGGAGGCUGUUUGAUGUCCUACACGAGCCCUUCUUGAAAGUGCCCCGAUGACCCCAGCUGUGAAGGAGGAGGCCCUCAGUGUAACAAUAAAGCAUUUUUCCUGACCC